AUGGCUGCUGAACAGGAGAGACGUGCUACCGACCAUCCUUCUCUAAUGCGACGCUUUUGGCGUAGUCUGUGCUGGCCGUUCGGUCGAGUUCGUUCUCAGACGUCUUUUCAGGACGUCUGUGGUGUCGAGACCGAACCGGAGGGCAGUGUGGACGCAGAGAACCAGACAGUUAUGGAGGGAUACUUGUUCAAGAGGGCCAGUAAUGUCUUUAAAACAUGGAACAGGCGCUGGUUCCUGAUUCAGAACAACCACCUUAUGUACAAGAAGAAAUCCGGGAAUAUCAUGGUGGUCAUAGCUGAUUUACGCCUGUGCACGGCCAAACACUACAAGAGCAUCGGACGCCGUUGCUGCUUCCAGGUGGUUUCACCUACAAAGAUCUGGGUAUUGCAGGCCGAUUCAGAGGAGAAUAGAGAGGCUUGGAUCAGAACCAUUCAGAACAUGGUUGCUAACACCGAUGGUGACAGAACAGGCGACUCCAUCACUUCCCAAUCAAAUGAGGUGGUGGAUUUGAGCCCAAAACAGGAAGGAUCCAGUAGCUCCUCUGAAUCACGAGGAUCCCAACACACAGAGAGAGACUCGCUACGUCCACCAUCCACUUCUGGAACCUCAGCUGAGCUGAGUCUUGGUGAAAUUGUGCUGGAAUCGGCUGCUGUGUUGGAUUCCCUCUCUGAUGCUUCUCUAGCGAGCAGUGUCGAGAGCAUUUACGGUACAGUUGGAGGGACCUCACACAUCGAAGAGAGCCCGGUGGAACUGAGCACCAGCACUUCCUCCAGCAACUUCAUCCACACAGCUGGUGAGAAGAGCACGACUACAGGAAAGCACUCGGUCCAGAGAGGCAGCGCUCCUUCCAAAGAGUGCUUCGAUAGCCUGUACGGAGUCGGAAAGCUUCUGGGCAAAGGAGGCUGCGGUUCUGUGUUUGCAGGACUUCGUAAGGCCGAUGGAAAACAGGUUGCUAUUAAGAUUGUGCUGAAGAGUGGCUGUGACAGAUUCAUCACCAUUCCUGGUGAGAAGAACGGUCUCCCUGUAGAGGUGGCGUUGAUGCUGAUGGUGUCUGAGCCACCUCGCUGCGAACACGUCCUGGAGCUCCUGGAAUGGUUCGACAUGCCCGAGUGCUACGUCUUGAUCCUGGAGCAACCCGCCCGCUGCAUGGACCUCUUCGAAUACCGCAGGAACGGCUCACUUCCCGAACGUCUGGCUCAGGUCAUCAUGUGGCAGGUGGUUCUCGCCGCCCGUCACUGCCGUGAUCGCGGCGUUCUCCAUCGGGAUAUCAAGGAGCAGAACCUUCUGGUCAGUUUCGACACGUUAGAGGUCAAGCUCAUAGACUUUGGCUGUGGGGACUUGCUCAAGUCGACACCCUACAGACGUUUUGCAGGUAAUUGUACCUCGGAGGUCACCGUGUGUGUGAACCGUUUCUCGCACUUUUAUUCAGGCACCAUACUAUACGCCCCACCUGAAUGGAUCGAGGAAGGUAAGUAUCAUGGUUGUGCUGCAACGGUGUGGAGCCUGGGCGUCCUUUUGUUUGUUUUAGUGUGUGGAGAGCUGCCAUUCUGGAAUGAGAGGGAGAUCGCUGCUGGACACUUGAUCUUCAAAGCUGGUGUGUCUAAGGCCUGCCGUCAUCUGAUAAGACGCUGCCUGGCCAAGGAUCCGAAUGAGCGACCCAGCCUCGAGAUGAUCCUGGAGCACAACUGGUUUUCAGAGAUCCUUGGGAACUAAGUCCAGGCACCUGUAUGGGUUUGUAGCAGACGGAUCAUGGCACAGGUCUGCUACAAGAACACAUCCAGAGGUUUUUAGCUGAGGUUCAGAUCACCUCCAUUCCUCAGCACCGUGUACAUACCACGCCAGAUCAGAAAG